AUUUAUUGUCCUAGAGUUCUCAUCAAACAAGGAAAUUAAAAAACAGCUGUUCUUCGAAUGUUGUCUUCGCGUUUGUUAGCCUUGUUUUAUUAAAUUUAGUAGAGCUUGUUUGUAGUGGGCGAUGUUGCGUCGGUCUUCUGUGGCUUUGGCCGAGGCGGCGACGAUGCUCAUCCACUUCUACGAGGUCACAUACUCCGAUUCCUGGUUCAUCAACGUCUUAUGCCAUUUGCCGACUUCAAUCUUCCUGAUCGGCUGCGGCGCCUUUGUUAAAAAGCACGACAUCCUGCCGGUUGACUUCUUACAAGGAUUAGACCCACAGAAUCAGUUCAUCAUUAGGUUCUUGAUUUUUUUUAUGCUGCUGAACGUAUGUGUCCAUGGGUUCUGGUUCAGCAUCGAGAGCUUCAUCCUCUUCGGCCUUCCGGAUCUAAUCGAUAGCACGAUCACUCUGACACCAUCCGGGAAAUGGUACGGGUUGAUCACGGUGCCGGAGAAACUGUGGACGUCGAUUCUUGCCUUGUUGGUAUCUCUGUUCUGCCUGGCGACCAUCUCUCCGAGGGCGCAGAUGAAAAGGCAACAAAUGUCAUGAAUUCAAAUACAAGUGACGAAUCGCU